CUCGGACAAACACCCCUGUAAGAUUUCUACUUCCACCGUCUGCCACUUCUAUACACAUCCACAUCCACACCCUCAACCUCUUCUUUCUCUUUCACUAUUUUCCUUCUUUUGAAAUUUUUCUAUUGACCUCUUUCAUACAUUAGUUCAUUUGAAUGUUGUUCAACCUUCACAGUCAUGGCAUGUUACAGAAGAGCGAAACUCGUUCUCGAUUCCUUUCGCAAUCUCUCUUCAAAACUUUCCUUUCUACCGAAAUCUCCAAUCCAGGACUCGUCUUCAAGAAUUUAUCAAAACACCUCUGCAACUACAGCUAAGUUUUCCGGCUUCAAUUCAUUUUUUUCUGUUUCUCAGAGAGUAGUUUUUUCUACUCGUAUUAACAAGAAUCUUUGCAAUUCUAUUUACAACAAUACUAAGAGAUAUUAUUAUGUAGACCGUUAUCAUGUACAACAUUUUAGGCCACGAGGUCCAAGAAAGUGGUUUGAAAAUCAAACGAAUGUGUUAAUUGUUGUGUUGGUUGGUUCUGGGAUUGUGAUCACUUUGUAUUUUGGGAAUUUAGAGACGGUUCCAUAUACUAAAAGAACCCAUUUUGUGCUUUUAUCAAAAGCUGUUGAGAAAAAGAUCGGAGAGACCCAAUUUCAGCAAAUGAAAGCGGCUUUUAAGGGCAAGAUUUUGCCUGCUAUACACCCAGAUAGCGUGAGGGUUAGAUUGAUAUCAAAUGAUAUAAUUCGGGCUUUACAAAAGGGGUUAAAACAUGAGACUGUGUGGAGUGAUAUGGGGUAUGCCUCUCCUGAGAGUGAUGAAGAACAUGAGGGAAGAGCUCAUGAAACAUUAAGGGCCUUGAGUGAGACUGUUGAAGGGAGGAGUCUUGAGGGAGAUUGGCGUAAAGAAGAUGAAUUUCUUGAUGAUAAGUGGGUUCAGCACACUAGGAAGAAGGGUCAAGAGAGAGGAUUACAAGCUGCGACUUCUCAUUUGGAUGGAUUGAAUUGGGAGGUUUUGGUGGUCAAUGAACCUGUUGUUAAUGCCUUUUGCUUACCUGGCGGAAAGAUAGUGGUGUUUACUGGGCUGCUUGAGCAUUUUAGAACUGAUGCAGAGAUAGCAACCAUUAUUGGGCAUGAGGUUGGACAUGCUGUGGCUCGACAUGCUGCUGAAGGGAUUACAAAAAAUCUGUGGUUUGCCAUCCUGCAACUGAUACUCUAUCAGUUCGUAAUGCCUGAUGUUGUCAAUACAAUGUCAACUCUUUUCUUGAAGCUUCCUUUCUCGCGGAAGAUGGAAAUGGAGGCAGAUUACAUUGGACUGCUGUUGGUUGCAUCUGCGGGCUACGAUCCUCGAGUGGCACCAAGGGUAUAUGAGAAGUUGGGGCAAAUUUCAGGUGACUCAAAGCUGAGAGAUUAUCUUUCCACCCAUCCAUCUGGUAAGAAGAGAGCACAGUUGCUGGCUCAAGCUAAAGUCAUGGAAGAAGCACUCACUAUCUACAGAGAUGUAAGGUCAGGAUAUGGAGUUGAAGGUUUUCUUUAGGGCAGCAUAAACCAUGUCUGCCCGGAACCCAGAUUCUCUAUCAACACUUUCAACAGCAUCUUUCCGAUCGAGGUCAGAAAGUUAAGACCUUGAAGCUCGGAUAUGUACCAACUUUGUUGAACAAAAACUUGUAAUAUACCGUUCUUUCAUUAUUUCAUAUGUUUAACAGAGGAACAAUGGUUCUACACAUACAAACCGCUGUACCAUCACGCGAUGGCAACAAAAAAAAAAAAGA